AUGGCUAUCCGACCACCCCUCCAGAAAGCCCUCUCCCCCUGCAUCCUAGAAGUCGAACGCAAAUUCCACUCCCUCGCCGUCCGCCACCUUACCCAAAACGGCGGCAUCCCACCCUUCCAAUCCCUUCGCUCACUCCCCCUCCAAACAAUCCGCGACACCUACUACGACAAGUCUAACCUCCUCUCCUCCUCCGGCGCCUGGAUCCGCCGCCGCAACGGGAUAUGGGAAGCCAAGAUUCGGAAAGGCGGUGACUUUACCAACUCGCGGUUUGAAGAGCUCAACAGAGUGAGCGACAUUGCGGCUUGUGUCGAGAAUAUCACGGGGAUUCAAGCUCAUGAAAAAGAGGAUUUUGGGCUGGGGAUCAUGGCGGAUUUUGUUACCACCCGUGAGACGUGGAUUGCGGAUGAGGAGUUCAGGAUUGUGAGGGAUCAUAUUGAUUUUGGACAUGAGGUUGGCGAGGUGGAGCUGCAGAGGGUGCUGGAUGGGGAGGCGAGUGAGGAGGAGAAGAUGGGGGAGAUGGAGAGGAUGGAUGAGAGGAUUGAGAAGUUUAUGAGGAGGUAUGGCUGGGCGUUUAGGAAGGGGAGGCCGGUGGGGAAGUUGACGGCUUAUUUUGAGAUGAUGGGGAAGAAGAGAUCAUAA